AUGAGUUCGCCUUCCCGUGUCCCGCGGGCAUCGGAAGCAGAAGAGCGGAGAUCUCCAACCACCGACCGCAAGCGAAAGCGAAGCAGCAUGCAAUCCGCUGCAGGCGCAAGCACGACACCCGCCGACCAGAAUCAGAAGCUGCCCGAGCUGCUGGCUGGCCAUCAAAAGUCACCCAUCGAACACCCUUCGCCGUGUGGGAAGCGUCACAAGUUUGCCAGCUCAGCGCCGCCGCCGCCACCUGCACCUCCCCGCGGCAUGUAUAGCUUCACAUCUCGCUCGCCGGCGACGAAUGGAAGUCAUGUUGUGGACUUGACCAAUGGCUCGUCUCCAGCAUCGCCGCACGCACGGAAGAUGCCCAUGAGGCCUGCUGGGCUCAAUCCCCACACCGGAGCAAAGAAGCUGGUGGUUAAGAACCUCAAAACGAACACUAGUUGGGACGGCAAAGCCUACCUGGAGAAGAUCUGGGCACAACUUGAUGAAGCUUUGGCACUCAUCUUCAACGAUAGACAGGAUGGCUUCAGCAAGGAGGACUUGUACCGAGGUGUGGAGAAUGUCUGCAGGCAGGGUGGUGCUUCCACGUUGUUCUCCAGACUGGACGGCAGGUGCAGGGCCCACAUUGAGCGAGAAGUACGUGCAUCGUUGCUGCAAAAGGUGGAAUUGGAGAAUGUCUCUGUUCUCAAGGCUGUGCUCGCAGAAUGGGCACGUUGGUCAGAGCACAUGAGUACAAUAAGGGCCAUCUUCUUCUUCAUGGAUCGUUCAUAUCUUCUAUCGUCGAGCAAGCCGACACUCGACCAGUUCACGCCGCAGCUCUUCCGCGAAACUGUCUUCAAUGAUAGCGCCUUGAAGCUCAAAAUCGUAGAUGGCAUCUGCGAUCUCGUCCUGGCAGAUCGCACAGAGGCCCAAUCUCUCGACAAGGACCUCUUCCGACAGUCUGUCGACAUGCUUCAUGCGCUAUCUACAUACACAUCAUCUUUCGAACCGCAGUUCUUGGGUGUCACUCAGCAAUACGUAUCGGACUGGUCCGAUGAGAUUAUCAGCGAAAAGAGCGUGCCAGAGUACGUCGCGCUGGCUGAGGGCUUCAUCAGCAGGGAGUUGGCACGGUGCGAAGAAUUUGAUCUCGACAGUAGUACGAGGAGAGAACUACUUACCUUGCUUGAGCAUCAUCUUGUUGAGCGAAAGGAGGCCGAUCUAACGGAUCUUGACGCUCUGGGCCCGCUACUCGACAAAGACGCCGUAUCGGAUUUGACCGCUUUAUACUCGCUGUUGAAGCGACGGAGAAUCGGCGGUAAACUUCGACCUGCGUUCGAUAAAUGGGUUGACACUCAAGGCACCAGCAUUGUAUUCUCCAAUCAACCCGAGGAGACAGAAAACAUGGUAGUACAUCUGCUUGCACUCAAGCGUAGACUGGAUAACCUGURGAGAACGGCUUUCCAACGGGACGAAGGCCUUGGUCACGGUAUCAGGGAGAGCUUCGCGACCUUUAUCAACAAGACGAAGAAGGGAGAUGCAACGUGGGGUACCGACAACACCAAAGUUGGUGAGAUGAUUGCCAAAUACGUUGAUCAGCUUUUACGUGGUGGUGCAAAGGCGAUACCUCAGGCUCUCACAGCAAGACGAUCCUCCAGCAUCACAGCGCUUCAGCCAGCCCCUGAGGACGAUAACGAGGAUGGAGAAGUGGACGAGGAUGCGGAGAUCAAUAUUCAAUUGGAUCAGGUCCUGGAUCUUUUCCGUUUCGUACAAGGCAAGGCCAUAUUCGAGGCUUUUUACAAGAAAGAUUUGGCUCGACGAUUACUCAUGGCACGAAGCGCCUCUGCGGACGCUGAGCGUAGCAUGCUCACGCGUCUCAAGACAGAAUGCGGUAGUGGCUUCACACAGAACCUGGAGCAGAUGUUCAAGGAUGUGGAGCUGGCCCGUGAGGAAAUGCAGUCUUAUAAAAAGCGUCUUGAAGAGCGUGGUGGAUAUGAGAAGGGCAAGAAGGUUGAUCUUAGCGUCAACAUUCUGUCAGCGGCAGCAUGGCCAACCUACCCCGAUGUUCCCGUCAUCAUCCCUGCGAAUAUUAAACGCGCCAUAGAUGACUUUGAGCUGCACUACAAGAGCAAACACACURGCCGAAAACUGGACUGGAAACAUGCGCUUGCACACUGCCAAAUGAAAGCUACUUUUAAGAACGGUAGUAAAGAGCUUGUCGUCUCGAGCUUCCAAGCCAUUGUGCUGCUUCUGUUCAAUGGCGUGGGUGACAAUGAUCAGAUCUCAUAUUCGCACAUUCUGUCGGAGACUGGCCUGCCCGAACCUGAAGUCAAACGAACACUUCAAUCGUUGGCCUGCGCCAAGCUCCGACCACUUACCAAGCAUCCCAAGGGGAGAGAGGUCAACGACACCGAYACAUUCUCCAUCAACACCGACUUCCAUCAUGCCAAAUAUCGUGUAAAGAUCAACCAGGUGCAACUCAAGGAGACAAAGGAAGAGAACAAGGAGACACACAUGCGUGUUGCUGAAGAUCGAAACUUUGAAUGCCAGGCUGCGAUUGUACGAAUCAUGAAGAGCCGAAAGACAAUUUCGCAUCAAGAGUUGGUGGCUGAAGUCAUCAAGGCGACUAUGAGUCGCGGUGUGUUGGGCGUUGGGGAUAUCAAGAAGAAUAUUGAUCGACUGAUUGAGAAGGACUACAUGGAGCGAGAGGAUGGUAACAUGUACUCAUACAUGGCAUAG